GCUUUUUUCGCUCUCUGCACUUGUCCUCAGCCAGGCUCCAGCGUCGUUGACUUCGUCCUCACCCAGUCAAGCAAGAGCUCCCGACCACCAGAGAGUCACAGCACGGCGACAACCAUGACCGCUCAACCCGCCUUCCGCACUUUCCUGGGCCAACGUGUCUGGCCCUCGCCCGUCCUCAAGCUCUACUUCCCUUUCUUCAUCUCCGGCUCCACCGCCUUCUUCCUGUUCUCUGCCGCCCACUCUGCCCUGACCAACGCCUCUCCUCUUCCUGAGGCCGGUCGCCUCGCUGCCAAGGAGAAGGCCCUCAAGGAUGAAGCCGUCGAGUGGUGGAACCACCAGCAGUCCGGCAAGCCUGCCGCCCACUAAAGCUGUUUUUGUCGCAAGGAACAAAAGUAAUAUCCAAUAAAGCGCAUUGAACUGUGCUCAUCUCCGGA